AUGGAGGAGGAGGACGCGUACCUGGACCUCUUCCUGGAGCCGUACUCCAUCCAGGAUUACUAUCCUCGAGCUGUGUCUCAACUGUUCAGCCCACAAGCGCCUUUAGACGUGCACCCGCUUAAUCUGUCCCAUCCAGAGACGGUGUUUAAUUCACAUCUUGGUGGAGUCAAAGAAGCAUCCAGUGACUUCUCACCUGUGGAUCUAAGCUUCCUACCAGAUGAGCUUAUUCAAGAAAAUAAAGACCAGACUGUCGUUGGAAACGAGCAUGAAAAGGAGCCAAGUUGUGAAGCUCAAGAUCAACCGUGUCAGUUGCCGUUGCCUGGUGGGGAGGACAGCGGGCUGAACCUGAACAGCGGCUGUUCACCGGAUUCCCACCUGCGCCCCGAUGGUGCUGACUCCAGCCAGCCCGCUCCAGGAAAACUCAACUCUGAUGCCUUACCGAUGGCAUCCUUAGUGUCCAUGACACCAAUGAACCCUGUUCCAGAACGCUCUGGAAUUGUCCCUCAGUUGCAGAAUAUAGUUUCCACUGCAAAUCUGGCUUGUAAAUUGGAUCUGAGGAAAAUAGCUCUGAAUGCCAAAAACACAGAAUAUAACCCUAAGAGGUUUGCUGCAGUCAUAAUGAGGAUCCGAGAGCCAAGGACAACAGCCCUCUUAUUUAGCUCUGGGAAAGUGGUCUGCACAGGAGCCAAAAGUGAAGAGGAGUCUCGACUGGCAGCGAGAAAGUAUGCUCGCGUGGUGCAGAAGCUUGGCUUCCCCGUCAGAUUCUUCAAUUUUAAAAUUCAGAACAUGGUUGGAAGCUGUGAUGUGAAAUUUCCCAUCAGGCUGGAGAUUUUGGCGCUCACCCACCGGCAGUUCAGUAGCUAUGAACCGGAACUGUUUCCUGGUCUUAUUUAUAAGAUGGUGAAGCCACAGGUGGUGUUGCUCAUCUUUGCCUCUGGAAAAGUUGUGUUGACAGGUGCCAGAGAGCGUUCUGAGAUCUACGAAGCAUUUGAAAACAUGUAUCCUAUUCUGGAAAGUUUUAAGAAAAUCUGA